AUGGAUGAUCUUACCGAUGAAUACAAUUCUACGUUUCGCAACGAAUACUGCGAGGAAGAGCUAGCUAGACUCAUCGUAAUCCUCGUCACACCGGACCCACCCACCGGUGUCAACAGCACGUCCACCAACGCAGACUGGACCGCACUCUACGGGACGAUCGCCAAGGAUGCACUCCUCUUCACCUUGGAGGGAAUCGUACAGUCGUCCGACGCUUUUCCACCUUUGAAGAGCGCGGCGAGUGGGCUUCUUUUCUUCACGACAUCUGCGGAUAUGGCGUCAAGCAAUAAGAAGCACAUUCGAGACGUCCGCAACCGCGUCAACAGCCUGGUAGAUCUGCUCAGAUCGGGCGCCGAAGAGGGCCGCAUGCUUACACCAGCGCAUCAAAAGGCCAUCAAGGCGCUCGCCGUGUAUGCCAAUCCUCUCAUCCAUCUCGAAAUGAACAUGUUAAGCCCGUACAGUGACAUAUCCGCACUGAAGGACGACCUUGAGGGCAUCGUCAAGGAGCGCAAGAGCCGCUUCAGGCGAUUCUUCAGCGCAAAGCGCCAUCGCGAGGAGCUGCAAGAUAUCGUUCAGCGGAUAGUUGAACUACAUCGUCAGUCUUGA